GUUGGAGUCAUCCUCGGGUUGCAACCACAUGAUUUGCUGCCGCGUCCAAGGCGACGGACUCAAGUAGAGUACACCGGCGAGGUACUACCUGUCCCCCCCCUCGAGUAACCCUGGGCCCCCUUGACGAUUGAAGUCACCGUCAGCCAUUCGGUUCUGCAUUCCAUGACAAUAUUUGUACACUAUCGCUGUGAGGGCCGCCGUUUCGGGUCACCACCUUGUUGCUUGUUCAGCAUGUAACUAGGGACAAGCAAGGCCCUGUGUUUGCAGUCGACUACUAUGUACCUCGCUCUGUCUCUCCAUCUCACUCGCUCUCACUCCCACUCUCACUGACACUCAUAAUCGCACUCUCUUCACCACCGUGUACUUGAUCUCCUUGAAUGCCGACUCUUGGAUCCCCCGGCCUUGCUUUGAUCUGCCCUCACCGAACUUGAAGUUAUUCUCGGACCUCACGUCGCACACCACAAACCACCCUCGCCCUUCUCGUUCUCUUCCUCGUGAUCUUCCCUCUUCAAAUCCUCCACUCGCGGACCAGCCUUUCCUUUUUCAACCCUCAUCCUCCGUCACCUCGUCACCCACGUUCUCCCGCUCAUUCACUCACUCACUCACUCACCCACUCACACCACCCUGGUUAACUGGACCCUCGCAACCGCUCCUCUGAUGCCACAUCUCGACUGCUGUUCCUGACCUUCAUCACUUUCCCUGGUCUUAGCCCGCCCUCCCUAUUGCGUAUUUCCCGUCGAUCACAACCCGACGCGGCGUUCGAGUAGUAUUACCCCGGCCACCGUCCCGCGAAACGUGCAGGGCUCGGAAGGGGAACAUAGUCCCGUCUCCCUCCUCUCCCCGUCUCAUCGACACUUGCUUGCCCGUUAUUACUUCCACGACCGCCAGCAAGAACGUUGUAUACAACUUUACCAGAGGACAAGUAGCUCGCGCACCAAGCGAGUCAACACCGCCAAUACUGACCACAACCACCAACGGCCCCAUCACUCCGCCGUGAUGAGCAACGGCAACCCAGUCCCCAACCUCAGCGUCGUCGACGCCUUUGCGCGUGCCCUCUACCGCCGCGCAAAGACGUCCGGAUCCGUCUUUGCAGAUGUAUCGACCGUCGUCCGCCGCCUGCACACCGUCCUCAAGCACCUCAGGGUUGAGUCCGAGGAUCCGGACUCGCUCCUCAACUCGGACGCGUCGUCCGUCUACGCGCGCCAGCUUGCGCCUCUCGUCGAGGACUGCGACUUUGCCCUUAAGCAGCUCGAGACUAUACUCGAAAAGUAUGGCGAGGCCACCCGCCUCGAGGAGCGCGAGCUGGACAUGGUCGCCAUGAUCCGCACCAAGCUCGCGAACCAGAAGACCAACAUCGACAUGUUUCUCGAUACGGUGCAGCUGCACAACCCCAGCAAGGCCCAACGCAUCGUGGACGAGCAAGGGGGGAACUUGGAUAACAUCAAAGACAAGGUCGACGCCAUCGCCGCGCGGUUGUUUGCGAGGAGAGACAGCGGUAUCAGCGAGGACGACGAGGACCUGUGGCAGCAGUUCCGGACAGAGCUGGAAAAAGAUGGGUUCUCCAAGGACGUCUUGCGGAAGAACAAGGAGGUCUUGCGUGCCUACAUCCGCGAGCUGGAGGAAUCAACCGGCAACGACGCCACGGCACCGCCCUCAGUCCGCGGCCUCCUCGCCCAGGAGCGCUCGCACUCAAAUCCGGCCAUGGCAGUCACCCCGGCGUCCCUCCCACACCGAGACGGCCGCGACCCUGGAGAGACGUACGGCUCAUACGAUGAACGGUACGCGCCGGCAGCAGCAAGAGGCCAGCGGUCCGCACCCGCCAUGCCGAACCAGUACAGCACUUUAUCGAUGUACGAGCGGGAGAACGACACGGAGGACGAGCAUAACGACUCUCUGGCGCUCAUCUCGACCCGCGACCUGAUGGCCAUGGACACGGUCAACAAUGGCAUGGAGAACCUUCGCCUCUCGGCCGCCGCGCAAAACUACAGCACGUCGCCGUCCUCGGCGUCCCCCUCGACCCGUUACCUCCCACCAGACGUGGCCGCCGCCCGCGCAGCCGCCGAUUUCUCCCCAUCUUCCCCCAACAGCAAUAACAACAACAGAAACUUUGGUGUCUCACCGCGCUUCGUGCCCCCUAUGCCAUCUCAUGUCGGCGGCGGAGGCGGCCCUCCCCCGUCGGCCUACGGCGUCUCCCCGCGGACAUCCCAGCCCCGAAUCGCGCCGGAUCGCUAUGGCAUGGGCAUCCCCAUGGAGGCCAAGUGGACACGCAUCCGCCGCGCCCUCGUCUCCCCCGAGAUUCUCGAGCGCGCCGGCGUCCGCUACGAAGCGCGUCCGGACUACGUCGCCGUCCUCGGCGUUCUCACCCGCGAGGAGAUCACCAACUACGCCCGCCUCUCCGCCGAAGCCCGCGCGGCACGCUCCUCGAGGCGCCGCAACGGCGGUGCUGGAGGAGUAGAAGGAGGUGAUGGUGGUGGUGGUGGUGGUAGUAAUGCCGCGCCGACGAGCCACCCUUCCCCCAAGAGCCGCGGCGACUCGCCCGCCUCAUCAUCAGACGACCCCCUCUGGGACUCUUCCGACAACUCCUCCGACGGGAGCUACCCAGACGACGAUCGGAAAGGCAACAAGACGUACUACAUCGUCCCACCGCCGUCGUCCGACCGGGAAAAGGGCACCUCCCCCGCCGCGACGGUCCAGCCAAAGCCGAUCCUUAAGAACAAGAACGAGAACCAUGUGCGAUUCGACCCGGAGCCGCACGAGCUCGACCCGAACGCCCCGCCGUCGUCGUCGCCGCGCUCCUACCGCGACGACCGCGACCAGCGGAGAAGACGACCCCCUCGACGGGAGUACAGGGACCGGGACAGGGAUCGGGACCGUGGCAGCAGAGACCGCGACGGGCACCACAGGGAUCGCGAGCGCGAGCGAGAGCGAGACCGUGACAGGAACAGAGACAGAGACACAGAUCGGGACCGCGACCGCGACGGGUUCAGGGACCGAGACAGAGAGAGGGACAGAGAUCGCGACAGGGACAGACAUCGCGACCGCGACCACUACCCCGGCCGCCACCACCGCGAGCGUUCGGACCGCGACAGGCGCGACAAGAAGAAGGCCUGGGGCGAGACGCUGGGCGCCGUGGGCAUCGGCGGCGCCGCGGCCAGUCUGCUGAGUGUUCUGACCGAGGCUGCGUCCGUGUUGUAGGCCCCUCGAGCGCCAUCUUCCUCUCGGAUAGCCACACCACUUGUACGAUGAUCCAUGUGUUUUCUGUUGAAUGGGACUUGCUCCCCCCCCCUCCUGUACCAAACUGUCAGCAGCGUUCUUUUUUGGGGGGGAGCGGUUAUCGUUUUUUUGUUCAGUCAUACCCUUCACACCUCAGGGCUGCGCCCAAGGGGUACAUUCAAAUGCAUCGACAGACCAUCCAUCAUCGGAAUACAGGACACUUAACAACACGCUCGGGAGGAAAAAAAAGAACAAAAAAGCUCCCCCAAAUCCCGGAUUCAGACUCAUGCGUAACUCCCUUUUUUCUUUUCCUUUGUCCUAUUAACUGUUUCGAGAAACGCAUCAUGAUACCUUGUACCAAGAGGGGAGGACUGUCGAGCUGUAAGAGACGAAAGUCAGGUGGGGGAGAUGUAGAUGUACCAGCUAUAUGAAAUCGAAGAUACCCAGA